UAGAAGUACUAAGGGACGAGGGACCCUAUAUGGAAAUAAUAAUACCAAUCGAAAUGGACGGUUUGAGAAUCGUAGCAAAAAUAAUAUGAAUGGUACUAUUGGUACUUUGAAAAAACCAAAUUGGAACUUCGAAAGUUUAAAACCUUUUAAAAAGGAUUUCUAUAUACCACAUCCAAAUGUUCAAUCACGUCAUCCAGAAGAAGUAGAUAUAUUUAGACAAGAAAAUCAAAUUACUCUUAAAGGAGACAAAGUUCCUAAUCCUAUUCAACAUUUUGAGGAAGGAAAUUUCCCUGAACAUGUAAUGCAAUGUAUUAAGAAACAAGGUUUCAGUGAACCAACUGCUAUUCAAGCUCAAGGUUGGCCAAUUGCUAUGUCUGGUCACAAUAUGGUUGGAAUAGCACAAACUGGAUCUGGAAAAACUUUGGGAUACAUUUUACCUGCAAUAGUACAUAUUAGCAGUCAACAACCUUUAAAUCGUGGUGAUGGACCAAUUGCUCUAAUUUUAGCACCAACUAGAGAAUUGGCACAACAAAUUCAGAAGGUCACCUAUGCUUUUGGUUAUGUGAGAAGUACGUGUAUUUUUGGUGGUGCACCAAAAGGUAGCCAAGCACGUGAUUUGGAACAAGGAGUUGAGAUCUGCAUUGCUACGCCUGGGCGAUUAAUUGAUUUUCUGGAACGUGGUACAACUAAUUUACGUAGAUGUACAUACUUGGUAUUAGACGAAGCAGAUAGAAUGCUAGAUAUGGGUUUCGAACCACAAAUACGAAAAAUUAUUGAACAAAUCAGACCAGACAGGCAAGUGCUCAUGUGGUCUGCUACUUGGCCAAAAGAAGUUAGAAAUCUAGCAGAGGAAUAUCUUGUAAAUUAUACACAAUUGAACAUUGGAUCAUUAACAUUAUCAGCCAAUCAUAAUAUUCUUCAGAUCGUUGAUGUUUGUGAAGAACAUGAAAAACAAUCAAAAUUGGAAAAUCUUCUUCAGGAAAUUAGUAGUAUUAAUCCAGAAGGUGGGAAGACAAUAAUUUUUGUAGAGACAAAGAAAAAGGUGGAGAGUAUCACUAGAACUAUUCGUCGUUAUGGUUGGCCAGCAGUAUGCAUACAUGGCGACAAAUCACAGUUAGAAAGAGAUUUUGUUCUUGCAGAAUUUAGGAGGAAUAAGGAUUCAAUUCUUGUAGCAACAGACGUUGCUGCUCGUGGAUUGGGUAAGUAG